AUGUGGCAACACUGGACUGGUUGCACUGUGGCAGCACGCAGCAGAACGCUGCGCAACAAAAGUAUGAGGGCUGCAUUUGGUCACCGCUGUGUUGCCCACGAUGAGCUGCAAAACUCGUUGCAAGUGGCAUUGCUGCCUACGUUGCUUACCGCUGAGUUGCAUUGCGCUGCUUGUACAUAUGAGCUUACAUUACAGCUCCCACACCUGGUCCCAAACCCAAACCUGCAGCUCCAUCUAGGUAUCAGGAUGAAGUUGACCUUCAAGUUUGAUCAACCCCAGACUUCCGUACCACCAACAACGGACCAAUCAAGGUCCAGCUCAAGGUCCAGCUCAGCACAUCCACCUACUCAACCUCAAUCUCCUUCAACUACUGAGACUGAUGCGAAUCCCGAAGUUCCUGCUAUGCCACAUCAAUCCAGCCGACCACCAGUUGUUCGAAAAUCAGCCAACAUGAUUGCCCCAUUGCCUGAUAGCCGCCGAGCCCUACCUAGCUCCAAUCAAAACCCUGUUUGUACACCACAGAAGAACAACCCUGGUCCUGAGGAUGCAUCGAGUCCAUCAACAGUGCAGGCUUCCAAGACUAACAAACGGAAGCACAAAGACACCAAAAAACACCAACAAGAACCAUCGGGAGAUCAAACAGUUUGGCUUUAUCAAUCUGAUCUGGACCGUUUCAAAGCAGGAGCAUGGUUGAAUGACAUGCUGGUUGAUUUUGGAUUGAGAAAAUCAGCAAGAAGCCAAACAAGGUAUGCUACAACCCAAUCUGAACUGGCUUAUGAAGGAGUACAAAAGUGGACAAAGUAUCAUGACCUUUUUACAAAGGAUUUGGUGAUCACUCCAAUUCGUCAAAUUCAACACUGGUACUCCAUCAUCCUACUAAAUCCUGGAAAAUUGUUUGAUUCUCCUCAAUCCACGUCUUUGGCUGGCUCAAAGGAGAUGUUAUUUGUCAGCUAUGAGGAACUUAGUCACACUAAAAUUCCCAAAUAA